CUCUAAACACAGUUUUUGAGUUUGUGGUGAAAAGGGGAAACUCGCGUGAAACUACAACUCCCACAAUGCCACGCUGCAACCGAUUUCCCAUCAUGUGAUCCACCCUUCUCACGUGACCGUAUUGACAAGCCAAACAUGGCGGAGGUGGACGCUGCGAAGUCUCUGAGCGGUCUGCUGAACGGAAUAGCUCAAAAAGUCUAUUACAACAACAGCGAGAUCACGGAGGAGCUGCUGAAGACGGAGCUGUACCCGGAGCUACCGCAGGAGGAGUUCAAGGCGCUGCACGAGAAGAUGAAAGGCCUCCUGAAGUCUAUUGCCACGGCGGACAUGGACCACGCCCAGCUGGAGGCCUUCCUCACAGCUCAGACCAAGAAGCAGGGCGGUGGCGGGGUGAGUGCUGAACAGGCCGCUGCCCUCUCACGCUUCUGGAAGAGCCAACGGACUCGGGUGAGGGACAGCUUGCUGGCUCAGAGCCGCUGGGAGCCCAGCCUCAGAGGCCUCUCCUGGAGGGUGGACCUCCAAACCGCCACCAGCCGGGGGGACGCGGCCCACAGUGGGCCGGUCGCCCUGAUGGAGCUGGAGCUGGGCCGAGCCGGACAGGACUCAGAGUUUGUGUGUCUGGAAUGUGACGAAGCCCAAAUCAACCAGGUGCUGAAGAGGAUGGCUGAUAUCCAGGAGAGCAUCGACAGAAUUGUUCACCGCACCUGAAACUCUGUGAGCACGUUGAUCUCAGACGGCCGGGACACAAUGAGACAGCAGCUCCAGCUGUUCUGUUGCCUCUGGUUCUACUCCUUCAAAUGGGAGUGUUCAGACUCUUCAACACCCGACUUCAGACUCUGAAAGGACUUACUGUUUAUUUUUGCCACACACAUGCACCUUACAUUAAAGCAUUUCCACAUGUGAUUCCUAAACGGUCUGACUUACUGACUUUUGUAACUUACCAUAAUUAAAAGUGCUGUUUUUUAUAUCCAGAUCAUUCUUUUGCCGUCUUCCUCUGAUGGGUGAAGGUUCCUCUCCGACCGUAGAACAGCAGCACUGAGAGAGGAGAAGCGCUCAUUGAAGAGAAGUUAUCAGACUUUUGGGAUUUUGGAAUGAAGCCAAACAGAAGCAAACGUAUUUAAAACGAACACUGAAGUGUCACAUAAAAAAAUGAUGCCUAAGAUGGUAUAAGUUUCAACCUACAGUCGACCUCCAAUGCACACUGAAAUAAGUUGAAAUUGACAAAAGUAAUAAUAAAAAAAAGUGUAAGGAACAUAA